AUGCCAAACCUACUGGACUUGCCGGAUGAGCUACUCUGGAAUUGCUUCAUCCAGACAACACCCACCACUGUAUAUCAGAAACUACCUCUAGUAUGCAAAGAACUGCACGUCCUUGUAAAUGCCAGGAAACCUACUGCUUUGAUUGAACUCAAGGUUGUUGAUUUCGCUACAGACAGAAGCUUUGGCAAGAUGCCUCGCUUCCAAUUCAGAAAGUCGUUCUGUGCGAGAGCAAGUUUAGGUCCUCUGAGACCCGCUGCUGUUGCUGUUGAAGUGACAGUGUCGGAUCUAAUCGUGAAGGCGUAUCUCGAAACCCUUCAAGACUUUUUACGCCCAAUCCUCGAAACACAAGCUGGCAGACCAUUGCUAUUCGAAUUUGCAUCGCUAGCAUUGCAGACUCCAUUAGCUGCAGACGUUAUUGCACGAAUAGCCGAAAACAUUAAACCAAACAAGGUCAUCCUCCCCAGGUGGGACGUGGAUACGCUACGGGCACUACCUGCCACCAUGACAUACAGUCUAGAAAUCGAUGAAACUAGUGCCAAUUUCAUAUUAAAGGAGGCUGAUGUUGAAGUUUUGACGAGAUUCACCAACUUGACCAAGUUGCAUUUGACAAACACGAAGUUCAAACAGUUACGAAAUGGCAUUCAGGAUACCGCAUUGAUUCCAUUACAAAGAACCAAAAUCAAGACUUUGACGGUCAACAGUGGAUCUCAAGUUGCUGGCAGUGUAGAUGGAUUAUGGAAGACCAUUGCUAAUAUUUCAUCAUUGGAGCAUUUUGAUGUUUCUGUGUUUGGCCAACCACAUGACACCAACGUAGCCUCUCAAAAGACCAUGUUUGACUUAUUGAAAAAGAUGAAGAACUUGGUUCAUGCUCGGUUGCCGUCUGUGUUGACUCCAGAGUUCUGGAACUCUUUGCCAUCAUACUUUGCAGAGGAUAGUUUGAUACAGGAGGAAAGGAGGGUAUCUUCAGACGCUCUCCAGCUCAAGUCAUUGUUCAUUCGGCUGAGUAAUCCUACGGAAGCAGAUUUGAUUGUAGUCGUUCACAGUAUAGCACGAGUAUUCCCAUGUCUAGAUUCACUCUCCUUCUGGAUUAAAGGUGGAAGCGUAGAGUACCCUGUCUUUUGGACUAUGGUCGAAGGCCUUGAAAAGAAGACCCAAGUUGGGAGGCUUACGUAUCACUUGCCUGAAGAAUUGCAUGCCAGGCUAGUACCCAUGGUGAUUGUUCCUGCAGCGUUUCGAAUCAAGCUUGAGAUGAAGUCGUAA